GCUGCGGCGAGCAGCUGACGCGGAAUCAUUCAGAUCCGCAGUAGAGCUCGCGCCGCGUACGCAAUACUGCACGACACGAGGAGACGAGACGAGACACGACACGCAGUGCCAUCGACGGAUACACGCGCCUCGUUGUCAGUGCUGGACCAGAGCUCCGCCGAGAUUCGCUCGCGCGUGCCGCAAAUAAACUCGCGUCGCGAGUGCGCGCGCGAGAGGAACUCUUCUGCUACCGGCUGUGGCUGCAUCUCAUCGUCAAUCAGUGCGGUGUGUCGUAUCGUUAUCGUCGUCACGCGGAUUCGCGGCGAGGUGCAUCGCUGGCUGCUCCGCGGCCACGACGACGGGUCGCGAGCCGAGGCGGCUGCUGAGAAAGGGAGCCUGUAAAAGGCCGACGAGGGAAUACUCGCAGCAAAUUAUUGCGGCAGGGUGAAGAUGCACCUAAACAUGGAGUUGACACGGUUACUUUCGAUACUGACUUUGGCUUUGGCCCUGGCCUUCCUGCUCUCGACGGCAUGUCAUUGCAGCGCCGUCUCGGAAAGUAUAAGAGGAAGUCGAGAGACCUGUGACAUCGAAGGGGAUGAUGUUACCGUUGACAAGAUUCCGAAUACGAGGUGCUUUCACUGUAUUUGUAAGAACGGAUUCGUCGAGUGUUUGAAGCAACAGUGCCCGAACAUCGAUGGCUGCUACUCGUUGCAGGACCCGCGCGACGACGAGUGUUGCCACAAAUGCACAGGAUGCGUACUGGACGGUGUUUAUCACGCAUCUGACACGGAAUGGACAGAGGAGAACGAUCCGUGCUACAUAUUCACCUGUAAAGCGAGCGUCGUAACCAAAGCAAAGCUAGAGUGUUACACGCCCUGCUCCAACCCGAAACCGGCCCCACCCGGUCAAUGCUGCCCCAUAUGCGACGGAUGCUUAGUGAAUGGACAGAAGGUCACCGCGGAUAGGUCGGUGACAACGACGGAGGACCCUUGCGUCACCUGCAGAUGCAACAACAAUAAACAACUCACCUGCGCAAAGUUAGCUUGUCCGAUGCUCAAUUGUCCUAACGCGAAGAUUGUUCGCGAUCCUGGCAAGUGUUGCCCGCGCUGUCGAGGCAUUGCAAGAUUGCUCCCGCCUCCGAAAGGCGCGUGCAUAAUCGGCACGCACAUGGUCAAGUCGGGCACCCAGCUUUGCACGGAUCCAUGCACGUGCUGCACCUGCGCCAAUUCGACGCUCUCGUGUCUCAGGGAUACCUGUCCGGUACUGGAAUGCCCCAGCGAGCUUCAAACUACUCUACCUAACCGCUGUUGUCCGCAAUGUCCGGCCGUCCAGGAGAGCAGGGCCUCCUGCUCUUAUGGCGGAAGAACUUAUCAGGAUGGCGAAGAUUGGAAGCUUGAUUCCUGCAAGACGUGCACCUGCAAGCAGGGCAAAGUACGCUGCGCGAUGCCUAUGUGUCCGCAGUUGAAUCUACCUUGUCCGCCAUAUUCAAAAUUGGAACAUCCGGAAGGUCAAUGCUGUCCGCGAUGCGUUGAAAGUGAUGGGAUUUGCACGGUUUUUGGAGACCCGCACUAUCGUACGUUCGAUGGUAAAUUCUAUAGCUUCAAAGGGGCAUGCAAAUAUCAAUUGGUCAAUGAUUGUGCCACUCACACAUUUAGUAUACGUGUGACUAACGAUGCAAGAAAAACAAUGUCUUCAGCAUGGACCAAAACCAUUGCUUUGAAAAUCGGCGACUUGAAAGUAAACCUUGGUCAAAAAAUGAGGGUGAAGGUAAACGGGAAGAAGGUGGACCUUCCUUAUCGCGUCGUUAACCGAUUGGACAUUAACUGUACGACCGACAGCGUGAUCGUCAACACGCACAUCGGGAUCAAGGUUCUCUGGGACGGUAUCAGCUUUCUCGAGGUGUCCGUGCCUACGUCGUACAGAGGUCGAUUGUGCGGUCUUUGCGGUAACUUCAAUUCCCAGACCAAGGACGAUUUCACGACGCGACGCGGCCGAUUGCUGCAGGAUGUGCAGAAAUUCGGUCAAUCUUGGGUCGUAGGUGCCAAGAAAACAUGCACUCGACUUCAAAGAUCAGGAAAUAUCGAUAAGGAGAGACGUUGUCGAGGAAGAAAGGAUCACCGACUAUGCAAUCGACUGAGAUCGCAAAUCUUCGAUCCUUGCCAUAAGAAGGUGAAUCCGAUGAUGUAUUACAAAGCCUGCCUUCAGGACAUGUGCGAGUGCCCGACCGAGCACUGUUACUGCCAGUCCUUCAUGGCGUACGCGCACGAAUGCAAGCGGCUCGGCAUCCAGCUACCACACUGGAGAAAGUCUACGAGAUGUCGAACAGUUUGGGAUCAGUUGACGAAUUCGACGAAUUUCACUUGCCGCAGAUUUAAUUAAUCGCGCACUUUAUCCGCCGCCGCAUCCGGCCUCUAAAAACUCUAAUUCGCGGGAUGUGCAGAAAGACUCACAUGUGAGCGCCAAACUCCUCGUACAUUCUGUACGCAUGUAGAGAGACUCUAUACGCAAUCCCAUCCCUUCCUUCUUAUCUUUUUUCGAGAUAACGUAUUAGUAACCGCGAAUAAUAAAGAAGAGGAGAUACGAUAUUGUGAAGUAAUUAGCGCGUGAUGUAUAUAUCUCUAAAGAUCGCGCAGAGUAAUUAAAGAAAGAAUGAUUUCUUAGGAAUUCUUGUAAUCGAUCCUCGAAAUCGAACUUCCCGUUAAGCGAGAUAAAGUUUUCUUAAUACUUAAAUAUUCGAUAAGAACAAACAUGAGUAACGCGAGGAACACACUUCUUAGCAGUCUCUGACAGAUACUGCGGUGGAUUAUUUCGGGAUAAAUAUUCAUAAACACUUAUUUAUUCGUAGAGCAAUGUAACAUGCACGCGGUACUUAUAAGUCUGCCAUCCAUAAUGAGAAACAAUGAUAGACUGUUAAUGCGAUAGAAAAUGUUUCGCUGUCUACGCUACGCGAAAUACAACGCAAUGAAAUAUAAAUGGCUGGAACGCAAUCAGAGAAAAUAAUCGCUGUUAUUACAAACUAUUGCAAUAUACCGUAAAAUCGUUGAAACUUUUUAUCUUAUUUUGCAAGCUUUCUCUUCGAUAUUUUUCGCGAUACUAUCUCUUCUUCUAUCCCUGGGAAACUCCUUCUGUUGGCGGAAACAUAUAGACCGGACGCGGCGGAGUGCUCGGCAAAAAUCUACUAGUCACCACUUCGUAUCAAUAUGCAUUAAGGUUGGUGAGUUCCUGUGCCCCCGUGUUAGUAAUGUCGAGUAAUGACUAGGGAUAUACUCGAGCCAGAGUAGUAGUUUUUCAUGAUUUUGUUAAGAUAAAAAGUUUCAAGUUUCGUAUUAUGCCAAUAACAAUUAUAUACGAAAAAAACUAUUAUACAAAAAUUAUAUCUUAUCUGUUGAUUGAGAAAAUUUGAAUUGCAAAUUAUAUUAAUUCGUAGAUUGCAUAUUUUUUUUUCAAAAAAAGGACAGAGCAAUAUAUCUAGUUUAUUGCUGUAUAUGAUUAUUCUAUUUUAUUUUAUUUUAUUUUUGUAAUAUUAACUCAAAAACCACAAAGCAAAAUACAUUUCUUUUCUGAAUUGGAAUAGUAAAAGCUAUAAUAUAAAUAACUUUAUUUAGAAAUUAAAUAUUUUUUCAUAAAUCUGUUUUACAAAGCAUAAAAUACAAAAAAUUAUUCUUUUAAUACAAAAAAAAUAGUUUUUUUUGCAUUUUUGGAUCAAAUGUGUAAUUAAUUCAAUUUUAAGCUCGUUAAAGUUGACAAUUUGGAAUUUAAAUUCGUUAAGUGUUCUUAGACUUGUAAUAAUUUUUAAUGAACAUUCUUAAUGUUUAUCUCUAUAUCUAGAAAUUAUUUUCUACAAUUAAUUUUUCAGUCAGACUCUGACUCGAGUGUCUCUAGUAACGAUUUAAUUCGUUCACACGGAAAUCUCAUGCGGGUCACAGCAGCCAUGACGCCUGGAAAUAUGGAUCUCACGUGUGUGUAUCACGAUUUCACGCGGAAUCCCAUAGAUCCGACAAAGAGCAUCGCGAAUCAACUAGCAAGGUCGCGCGUAGAGCGGAAAAUGGAUGAUCUUGUGUCGCGAAAUGAAACAAAAAUUUAAAAAAAUUCGUGUUUUACAUUUAGCGCUGAAUUAAUACUUGGCGUAAUUUUCUGAAUCUUAUAUAGAUGUAAGUUGGUGUAUCAUAAAUUGAGAAUGACACAUUUAAUGUUAUGUCGUUUCUCCUGUGAGAUAUUGAAUUAUUAUUGCGAACAAAAUUAAUGUGACAUAUUGUAACUGACAAAAUGUAUUAUAAGUAUCGUUAAUUACAUUAUAAUCUGACGAUUCUUAUCGACAUUAGAGAAAGAUAGAAAUUUUUACUUUUAAUAAUUGU